UCUUCUGCAAAGGACUUCAUCGUUGGAGAUCAAUCCGGGUGGACAGUCGGGUUUGAUUACCAAGCUUGGGCUAAUGGCAAGGAGUUUCAUGUAGGAGACAGACUUGUUUUCAAGUAUCCUGCUGGAGCACACAAUGUGUACAAAGUGAACGGAACUGAUUUCCAAAGCUGCAGUGCGCCGCUGGAAGGGACGCCAUUAACCAGUGGAGAUGAUACCAUUGUUUUAGCAACUUCAGGGAAAAAAUGGUACAUUUGUGGCGUGGGCAACCACUGUGAUCGAGGGCAAAAACUGGUUAUAACAGUGCUGCCUUAAGCAUUACCUCCAAGCAUGGCACCUGCUCCUUCUCCUUGGUCAUAUUCAAAAGGGAGCAAGAGGCCAUUUUUAAACUUUAACUUACCAUGAUCAAUCAGUACUCAAGAUUGUGACGAUGGUCAAGGAUAAUCAAGAUUAUAAUUAAUUUAAUUUGAAGGUUAAAAUUA